GCUUGGUUGCUUGAUUGUUGUCGUUUAAGGAAAUCAGAACUCAGAAGUUGGGCAGUAGUGGCAAUUGCAGUGCUCGUAAUUUAUGCUACUAUUGAAAAAAGUGUUUUUCGGUGUGCAAUGUAGCAUAGAUCUGCGAUAAACGUUCUUGUUAAAAAAAGGCCGUGAGUGUAACAAACAGGAGAAAAUCUAACGAUAUAUUGAUUGCGGAAAUUACGCUGUAGUUUGUAUCGUCGAACCGACGAAAAUCGUCUCAUGACUGGCUAGCUGAGAAGGUGAUAAAAAAACGCUGUUGAACUGGCCUCUAGGUAGGAAAACCAGUGAGCGACUAUCCGUAUGCAGUGGUGUUGUUGGUCGCCUGACCGCCAGCAAGGGACAUUCAAAACGAAAGUGAACGCGAACAUAAAAAGAUCGUUUCUCGCAAGUUGACAGUGCAAGUAAAUGAAGUCAGUAUCACAACGCAAAUCAGUUUCGAACAAUAGUUGAGAGUUUUUUCGAGAUAAUUCACGUGGUGUGCCAUAACAAACAGCUGAGGCUAUGAUUAAAAUAAAUCGAGCGACUGGGGCCUACGCCGCCUUGGUCUCCGUUGUGUCUGGAACUAUCAUGUGGUUCAACUUCCGUCCACUAGGAAUAUUUUUCGUUUCUGGCUUGGUGAUGUUUUGGUGUCGGCAGUACGCCAAUCUUCGCCUCCAAAUGACACCUUUGGUGGAGGAAAAACUACGAAACGUGUGCCAGCGUGCGCUCCAGCUGCGAACGCAGAAGCCCAGCCUGUUUUGUGCUAUCGUUUCCACCUUCUUGAUCCUGUUGGCUAUUAUCGGUCACGUGGUCUCCGGGGCAUGCAUCGUGAUCGCACUACUGGUGAUUUCCAUUGUAGUCUCGACAAAGUAUGAUAUCAAAAUAGUUGUCGAUCGUGAACGAGCCACUUCCGCACUAUCAGCAAAUUUAUUGGAUCAAGAGGUGGAAGAAUUUCUGCCAGAAAUCAACGAAACUAAUGCAUCGCUACUCAUGCAGAUCGGCGAUGGAGGUGACGUUAGUGCUAUGUACAAAACGGAAAGCACCAACAGUGGCGAAGACGGCAAAGACGGUGGCAACGUCGAUGGCGAUGAAGACGAUGACACCUACUCGGAUUUGCUGAUUCCUCAAAAUAGUAUCCAGGAGUUGGAUGAGGAGCAAUCGAAUGAGUCCAGCAGCGACGAAUUCUUGCUCGGUAGUAGUAGUGGCCACAAGCCAGUACAGGCAGAGGUGACUUCCUCCGGAGAAAUACGGUUCAAGAGCAGCCAUUUCAAUGCAAAUACAUCCUCCGACUCGGAUGAUAGCAUAUCGCGAGGAUUGAGCUUUGAUGACGUUCCCGACAGCAGCAGGAAAAAAAGCAAUUUUUCUCACCAUAACUCACAGUACGAGUUGCAGCAGCAGCAGCAUUUGGAGCAACAGCCAGCGCAACAUCAACUGUCGGAUCAGUUGCCAAGUUUGGCCGGUAAUCUGCUCGCCAGCAGUAUGCUAAACUAUCUUAGUUCCGCAAUGGCCAAUGCUUCUCAAAUGAGUCAGUCACAGCCAGCGCCAAGUACUCGCGUGCCGAAAUACAACCGUAUGAGUGCAUCCGCUGCCGGCAGCAGUAGCAAAGUAACCUACGGAGAUUCUACCGAUGAAGACGAAGAUAGCGAUUUUGAAAUGUUGAACCCGGACGAAUUGAGCAAUGCAUAAGUUUUGUAUAGCGUCUAAAACCGCUGAACCGACGAACAAGGUAUUUAUUUUAGGUUUGAUUUUUAUUUCUAAAAGCUUAUGAUUUAUGCAGUUUAGUACCAGACGUAGUGGUACACAAGAGUUACCAACAAUUCAUGUUUCUACACAUUUAAAUAUUUUAAACCAAAUUACGAGAGAACUUUUCAUAUAAAUUGAAUUUUUCGUAAUCUGUGAGAUGUUUUGUCACAAACUUUAUCCUACAUCCCAAGUUUUCCCAUACUAUUGCGGAUAGUGCAGUAAUAAUCCGAUUUGCUUAGAUUUCGGUUGUUUAACUUCGAAAAGUCUAAUGGACAUUUCACUGAUGUUUUAUUUUCAAUUUAGUUACUUAUAAUUUUUCUUUAUUAGGUAUUAUUAUUUUUUUUAUUUCAUUAAAAUUAAAAAUCAACGGCUUCACUAGCUGUUUGGUUCUGCAUUAUGAGCAAUGUUUUAGUAGAAGCCAUGACUUUUUGAACUAACUUUGCUAUAAUAAUUUGAAAACACUGUCACCGCCUCCCGUUUGAAUACAAAAUAUAUCUUUAAGAUAGCAACGUAUUCUUGAAUACGUUUUUAAAAUCAUUUGAGUGUUUUGCUCGGAUUCGUUCGACGGUAUGAUUAAAGUAUUCAAUAGUAAGAGUUUGCAUCUGUCAUGCUUUAAUAUAUCCUAGUUGCUGGUGUAUUUUACCAUACGCGUCUAGCGUAAAACUAAGCGUAGCGCAUACCUACCAGUUCCACAGAUUGUAAAGCCCAAAGGUAUAGAUGAAUUUAUGAUAUUCACCACAACGGCAAUAUAAUAACACUAGUCUUCAGAAUUAAAUCACAAUGAAUUCUACUGUGGCUAUUCUCAUCACAAUUCCGGCGCAACCAACCAACAGAUAUAUUCAUUUAAAAAGCCUUUUGAAAACUUUGGUAACCAAAAAAAAAUUAGUGAAACCCGGUAAAAGAUGUAUUACGGCUAUUUAAAAGCAUUUCAUCUUUAAUCCGCGCUCUGUUGCUGUAAGCUUAUUUUCACAAUUUAAAUGUUAAAUUUAUCGGAUACACUAAGUAAGUAUACAUCCGUGUAGCUCAAAUACAUCUGUUACCGAAUAAUAAUAGCAUUGAAGAGAAAAAUGCGGAAUAGCUACGGGAAAAUUAAUGCAUCGCAAUAGAAAGCGACGACGAAUGUAAUCUGUUGUUCCCCUUUUGAAGUGUGUAAUGAUAACGAACAGUUCGUUCGAAGGGCAACAGAUUUUGACCGGUGCGAAUGCAUGAGUAAAGCAACUUAAGUAAUGUUUAAAUAAAAUAUGUGUGAUAUGCUUAAUUAUACUCUAUAUAUACUCCCUUAAUGACUAUUGACGUAAUGCAAAUAAAGCAGACUACUAUGACUUCGU